UGGUAUCAUCAUAGCAUGUGUGUCGAUUCUUUUGUUCUGUUGUUGUGUGUGCUCUCCAUACUGAAUGGGUAGGGGCAUGACAGUCAUGGCUUACAUGAGGCUGCGCUCUGCGCUCCGGUGAUGUCGAAGUUGCGUGAAGUAGUGGGGACGGACACAUUCAUGAGGAACAUUCAGCCUCUGCUUCUUUCUGGUCUAAGGAAGACGCCAUUUGAGAGGCAUCCAGCAGCUUGUGCAGCUGUUCUUGUGGAAAUGGCUGAAGACUUGGGUUGGCUCAUCACGCUACAGCAGACUGCGCUUCCAAUAAUUUGGUCGCUUGGAGAGGACCUUACAGUUUAUGCUAUUGAUGCAGCUGCCGGGAUUGCAAAGCGGUUGGGAGAGCAAUUCACUGUUCGACACAUCUUGCCUCCUCUUCAAGCACUGCUGCUCUCAAGCAUUCCUGCAACAAGCCAGAAUUCCCGCCUGUCAUUUGCCACAACAUUGUCAGCCGCCGAAGCAACAGCCCAUGCAGGCCGGAAGUCAGAUGGCCGGCGGACAGAUGCGCGUUCGAUUGCCAUCAGGGAUGGACUAGUCCUCCUUCACAGACUUGCAUCGCACCUUCCACCUGAACUAGUCUUGUCAGAGGUUUUGCAGGAACCAAAGAAUGUUUUCAUCAAGUUCUUGUUGCAUCCAAGCCUCGGGUUUUCACUGCUGCAGCUUGCAGCACAUGCACUGGUCGAGUGUUGUGAAAAUGUUGGGCUUGAGGCAACAACUGUUAUUGUUCUUCCACAGUUAAAACAGUUCUUUGAAAGUCCGUCGUGGGACAGCUACCCAUUGCCACUUGAUGGAGAGGGAUCAACCGAUGCUGUUGGUUUCUGGACUGUUUCGGGGCCCAGUAGUUCACGCUUCAGGUCGAGCUCUGAUCAUCAAUUGCCGGUAGACUCAGGUAACAGUGAGGAGACAACCAAGAAGGCACGGUCCUCGACACCUGCCGUCAUGCCGGCUGCGCCAAACACAAAUGAGCCUGAGGAUAAUGACAAACGUGGGAGCAGAGAGCAGUCUGAUAUGUUGCCGUCAGUUGAACAACAUACAGAUCCUAGGAAAUUCUCUGUGAAAGUGCUGUCGACUGGGAGGGAGCAAUUUGCAGAUGACAGGCGAAGAGCCAAUGAUCAGCAUGUUGGUUUCGUCACACUCGUGUAUAUACUGUACCCGAGGCUGGCAGCGAUCGUUGGCAUUGAAGCUCUCCACUGGUUUGUCACCACAUGGCCUGUACUUGAGCAAUCCCUCAGGAAACACUUCGCAUGGGAGUGGUGUGGUGAGAGCAGUGACAACGGCGGGAAGGGUGAGGCAAGCGAAGCAGAACCAAUGGCACGCAUAAACGCAACUACUCGGGAGGGAGGAAUCCUUGGGCCAGCGGCAGCACAUCUACUCCUUAAUGGAUUUGGUUGGUCGGUACCACAAGCAGGAGGUAAGAGGGGGUGGCCUUUUGUCACAAUGAAACCUGUUAGCAGAAGCAGUGGAGACAAGCGUGACCGUGAAACGAAGGUGGGAGCGGACGAGAAUGAAGCAGAAGGCAGCAACAGUAAUGCCAGUAGCGGUAGCCAAGUUUCGCCCUGGCAGUGGCUUCCCAGCCGUAGAUCUGAUCAAGAGGGAUUUGGCAGCCCUUCGGGAACCCAUAGGUCUAGUCCGAUCAGCGGUCACAAGCGACCAUGGCGAUUGAAUGGCAGUGUUCUGCAGACAUGGAAAGCGCAUUCAGGUCGCCUUCAUGCCCUCGUAGCAGGAGAAGAAGAGCAAAUCCUGCUCACAGCAGGUCAUGGCGACCACGGUGCAGAAGCUGCCAGGGUCUGGAGUCUAGCAACAAAAGAGUGUGUUGCCGAGUACCUUGGGCACACAGAGGCAGUUAAAGGAUUAUUCAUUUGGCCCGGCAGUGAUCUGAUAGCGUCAUGUGAUGGCUCGCUCCAUCUCUGGCGCAUGGGAACAGGUGCUUCUGCGGCCAUCUUCAAGGAACCUGCAAGGUCUGGGGCAUUGCACCUGGCAGUUGGAAAUUUUGAAGACGGAGAUGCGGGAGGUGGAAUUAGCGGUGGCUCUGUGGGGGCAGCCUCUACAAGCAUGGGACCAUUUCGAGAACACUAUCUGCUAUCAUGCUCGAUGGAUCGAAGCUUAGCUCUUUGGGAUUUACGCAGAGGUACUCCUGCGCUGGUACAAUCUUACAAAGGCCAUGCAGAUGGGAUAGCAGAUAUCUCUUGUGGUGGGGAUUUCGUUCUGUCUACCUCUGGUGGCAAAGUUGGAUUUAACUACAUGAAUCCGGACAACUUGCAGGAUGGGCAGCAGAAGGUAGUAGGAUUGAAGCUUUUCAACUCGAGGACCGGCCACAAGGAGCCCUCUAAUGCGCUAUUUAUCCAGGUUCUGAACUACUCCCAGGUUUUCAUAAUCGGAUGUGAAGAUGGCUGCCUGAAGAUAUGUGAUUGACAUUAUCCUUUGGCAAAAUCCUCCCCGCACGCAUGCACACACACACGAGAGAGAGAGAGAGAGAGAGAGAGAGAGAGAGAGAGAGAGAGAGAGAUUUUGCUCAUGUAACUGAAGCAUAGGGUCACCACAGAUGUAAGCCCCCUGCCGCUGAGUGGGAAUACCUGUUGCCACCAGCAAUUCCUGGUGAGGACAAAAGUCCAGUAGCUGGUUUGUGGGUUGAGCCAACCAUCGUCCAGAUGCAGUGUCCUCGGUGCUUCCCACCACAGUUGACUGGCUAAUAAGGACUUUGUGGAGUCGUUGUUCUCCUGCAGUUGGCCUGGUUGGUUUGCUCAAUAAAGGGUAGAGCAGGCCCAUCAGAGGGCGGCCUCAGAUUUUUUUGACUGAUCCAGCAGCACUGAGGUGAAUGGACCAUCAUUGAGACAGAGCAGUUAAGUGCCAGCUCAGAGGACGAGCCUGCACCGCAGUAAGUGUCAGCUCAAGAGUCAGUACCAGCUUGGCAACAAGUACCAGCUCAGCAGUAAGUGGCAGCUCAGCCGUAUGUGCCGGCUCACCAGUAAGUGCAAACAGGUACUAUGGGAUCAAAAGUGUCCAACAGCUCAGCAGAAACUGCCAGCUCAGUUCCUGCUCCUCAGUAAGCAUCAGCUCAGCAGUCAGUAGCGGCUGGGCAAAAAGUGCCAGCUCAGCAGUAAGUGCCAGCUAGGCGGUAAGUGCCAACUCAGCAGUAAGGCAACAGUUAUGUGGUCAAAGCAUCCACCAGCUCAGCGGUAAGUGCCAGCUCAGCAGUAAGGCAACAGUUAUGCGGUCAAAGCAUCCACCAGCUCAGCGGUAAGUGCCAGCUCAGCAUUAAAUGCCAGUGCAGUAGUAAGUGCAACAUGUGAUCAAAGCGUCCAUCAGCUCAGCAGGAAGUUUCAGCUCAGCAGUAAGUGGCAGCUCAACAGUAAGUAGCUGCUCAGCGGUAAGUGCCAUCUCAGGAGUAAGUGCAACAGUUUAUGUGAUCAAAGCGUCCAUUAGCUCAGCAGUAAGUGCCAGCUCAGCCGUAAGUGGCAACUCUGCAGCAAUGGCUGCUCGGCGGUAAGUGGCUGCUCAGCGGUAACUUCCAGCCCAGCGGUAAGUAUCAGCUCAGCUGUAAGUGCCACCUCCAUAGUAAGUGCAAGGUCAGCAGUAAGAGCUAGCUCAGCAGUAAGUGCAAACCGUUAUAUGAUCAAUGCAUUUAUAAGCUAAGCAGUAAGUGCCAGCCCAGGCAUAAGUGGCAGCUCAGCAGUAAGUGGCAUCGCAGCAGUAAACGCCAGCUCAGCGG